AUGGAUGACGUCCUUGACGAGGACCCAAGCGAAUGGCCAGUGAGGCGUCCAGAAGAAUAUGAAGACGAUCUCGACCGCGCUGGCUCUCUGGAUAUCGACAGACUAGAUCCCAUUCGCCGCAUGGGAAUGUCUAUAGGCAGAGGAUCAGUCCUACCAACAGUCUUUGUACCGCCACCGUCCGCAACUCCCCAAAGCCUGUUUCCUGCAGGCACUGGACGCAAAGCUCACCCACCUGUGACACGAUUUAUUCGAGUGGAAAAUCCAAAGUCUUUUCUUAUCUACACUGAUGGUGCGUGCCCUGGCAACGGACAAGCUGAGCCUAAGGGGGGAUGGGCAUUUGUCUUCGGGCCUCAGGAACCAAACACCACUUCGAGUGUAAACCAACGUCUGGAAAACCAGGGCCCAUUAGGCGAUUAUGCCAACCCAACCAGCAACAGAGUAGAGCUUCGAGCUAUCAUCGGCGCUCUUCGUUACAGGAACUGGGCAAACGAAGGCUUCACCACUCUUGUCCUGGCGACUGAUUCAGAAUACGUCGUCAAAGGUGCAACAGAGUGGAUCCAAGCAUGGCUGCGUAGGGGCUGGAGGAAAAGUGGCGGAUCUGUUGUAAGCAAUGUGGAUAUGUGGCAGGUCUUUCUUGGGGAGGUAGAGCGUUGGGAUGAGUACGGUGUCAAGAUUCAGCUUUGGAGGAUUCCGCGGGAGUGGAAUACUAAAGCCGAUCGGUUGGCAAAGGAGGGUGCACAGCUUGAUGAGGAGCUCACCUUUAAAGAGAGACUGGGUAUCCCAUAG